AUGGGCUGGACUAUGACUCUAAAAGAUGACUUUGGGGUCAUUGCCUGGACACGGCGAGCUGGGAACUACCUCAGCCUCUUCUUCCUAUUGUCUCUCUUUUCCAUUCCAGUCCAGUCAGACAUUGUGUUACCCAAGGACCAUCACUUCUCAUGGAAAACAGGCCAGUGGGGUCAUUGUAUCGGGGAGGAGUGUGGUUCUGGCGGAGUUCAAACCAGAACAAUAUGGUGUGUCCACACGGAGGGCUGGACAACCCACCACUCUCACUGUCAUCACAUCCACAAGCCUGAGAGCAGACGCCACUGCUUUAAGGUCUGCGAUUGGCACCAGGACCUCUUUGAGUGGGAACUGUCUGAGUGGGGGGGGUGCGUUCUUGUCCCUUUCUUUUCCAAUGAGCUUAAGCUGAGGACGGCUGAGUGUGUUACAGCACAGCAUGGUAUCCAGAGGCGCAAAGUCAAUUGUGUACGUACUUCAAACCGCACCACAGUCACCUCGAGGAUAUGUGAGUUCUUUUCCCAGAAACCGCCUAUGGAGCAGGCAUGCCUCAUCCCCUGUCCCCAGGACUGUGUGGUUUCAGACUUCACCUCCUGGUCAAGCUGCAGCAAGACCUGUGGCAUUGGCCUGCAGCAUCGGACUCGACAUGUCCUGGCCACACCAAUGUUUGGAGGGGAAAACUGCCCCAAUCUGACUGAGACCAGGACUUGUUCUGGCCCUGUUGACUGCCCUGCUGGGGAGGGCGAGUACCAGUACAGCCUUAAAGUAGGGGCCUGGAGUGAGUGCAGACUACCACAUCAUAAGGAUACCAUGUUAAGUGGUAGGACCACCGUGGACUUCAGCAUCAGCUCCAAAGAGAACAAUACAGUCACAUUGCACACACAGACAUCUCACCACCACUCCCAUCCCAACCACCAACAUCAGCACCAGCACCAGCACCGCCAUCUCCACGCCCACAACAAGUACCCCAUGUCAUGGGAACUAGAGGUGGGCUACCAGACACGACAAGUCCGCUGCACACAGAGCGAUGGCAAGAAUGCUAUGCUGAGUCUCUGUACCAAGGACAGUUCCCCCCUGACCUUCCAGGCAUGUGUGAUGCCAAAAGAGUGCCAGACAUCUGAUUGGUCAUCUUGGAGUACCUGCUCUAAGACCUGCCGGUCCACCGACCUGUCUCCUGGUUACCGCCUCCGGUCACGGAUCAUGACGCAGAUCUCAGUCGGCGGGGGUAAACGUUGUCCUGCCCUUGAGGAAAAAGAAGCUUGCAACAUCAUUGGAGAUUUACUUCCAAACUGCCCCAGGUAUGUGUGGAGAACCACUGAUUGGGGUGAAUGUCGCAUUGCUCCCUUACUGAGCAAGCAGCACCAGCGGCUGGCUAACAUCAGUACUCUGUGCGGAGGGGGGAUCCAGACCAGGAAGAUCUACUGUGUUCAAGUCCCUGAUGACUCAGCACCACAUCACAGGAAGGAGGUGUCCAGGCCUGUGAAUGCCAGGUUGUGUGCUGUUGAAGAGCCCCCCUUGGCCGUUCAGCACUGCUCCAUCCCCUGCCAGCACCGCUGCCUGCUCUCUCAGUGGUCAAACUGGGGUGCCUGCCUGCCUGACAACUGCAAAGAACCACAGGGAAAGAAAGGUUUCAGACAGAGGAGGAGGGAGGUGUUGUGGGAGUCCAGCAGUCCUCCGGAGACCUGCCCUCAUCUGGUGGAGUCCAUUCCCUGCGAGGACCCCACCUGCUACCUGUGGCAGGUUCAACAAGAGGAAAGAUGCAUUCCUACUAGAAAGGCCUGUGGUCCUGGAAGUGCAGUCCAGAAUGUGACCUGUGUCCGUGCUGAAGGUAAUGAAGUCCCCUUUGCACACUGUGUAGAUGAUCCACCCCAGACAGAAGUGGCCUGUGAGGUGCCCUGCCCUGCAGACUGUGUGGUUGGUUCCUGGUCCUCCUGGUCACCCUGCUCACACAGCUGUGCCACUAAGACCGCAGAGGGCCGGCAAAGCCGCACACGCACUGUGUUGGCCCUCCCAGGAAAAGAAGGGAAGGAGUGUCCAGCAGCUCCAGCUCUGGAGGAGUGGAGAGUUUGCAAUGACCAUCCCUGCAUGGUGUUCUACUGGGAGGCCUCAGUGUGGGGUCCAUGUAUUGAGGAUACCUCUAUGGAUCUCAAUGAAACCAGUUUCUGGAAUGAGACCGCUCCCUGUGCUGUGGGUGUCCAGACCCGCAAAGUCAGCUGUAUGAAAAUGAAUGUUGGACCCGUCAUAAAUAAAAGGUGUUCAGAUUCUGCUCGUCCAGAAACCACAAGACCGUGUCUGCUUCCCUGCAAGAAAGACUGCAUUGUGACACCCUUCAGUGAAUGGACCGCCUGUCCAUCAACCUGUGUACCAGAAAAUGCGACCGCGGCCACACAGUUUCGAUACAGGACUAUCAUUCAGAGGUCCGUUAAUGGAGGUCAGGAGUGUCCCGACACACUGUAUGAAGAGAGAGAAUGUGAAUCACUUCCGGAAUGUCCAAUGUAUAGGUGGAGGAUACACAAGUGGCACAGCUGUACUCUGGUUCCAGAUUCUGUUCGGCGUGGAUUAUCUGGAACAGGAGAAGCCUGUGGAAAUGGUUUAGAAACAAGAGGAAUCAGCUGUGUUGGGAAGGAUGGGGACUCAGCCAAUAUGACAGAGUGCCUACAAUGGGCUGGCCCUUUACCCCCUCAGAUCAGAGAGUGCCGGGUGGCUUGCAAGGAUGACUGCACUCUAACUGCAUGGUCCAAGUUCUCCGAAUGCACUGGAUGUGGCAGCUCCCGAGGUCGCAAGCGCUCACUCACAGGUCGCAGUAAAAAGAAGGAGCACUGCCUGAAAGAGGGGCUGUACCCACUGGAGGAGACAGAAGCUUGUCCCUGUGAUGACUUUUUGUCCCAACCUUAUGGGAACUGGUCUGCUUGCAUCCUCCCUGAUCCUUCAGCUCCAGGGUCCCUGCAGAGUUGGAUGAGCCACCAGGACGUAAAGGAAUGUGGCCAAGGUCUACGCUACAGAGUUGUGGCCUGCAUUGACCAGCAGGGAAACCCAGUCAACCCCACACUAUGUACAGACACAGGAUACAUGGUGGAGGUUUGCCAUAUUCCCUGCCCUCUAGACUGUAAGCUCAGCAACUGGUCGGCCUGGUCAAUAUGCAGUGCGUCCUGUGGCAGUGGGUUGAAGAUCAGAUCCAAGUGGCUCAGGGAGAAAGCUUUCAACGGGGGUCGCCCAUGCCCCAAACUUGAUUUGAAGAACCAGGCUCAGGUGUACGAGGCUGUGCCGUGCCAUAGUGAAUGCAAUCAGUACGAGUGGAGGAUCGAGCCCUGGUCCAUUUGUACUAUCAACACUGUGGAUGACUUGCCAGCUUGUGGAGAGGGAGUCCAAAGCCGCAAGAUCAGGUGUGUAAAGAAAGGAACAACAAGCGGGGAGGCCCGCAGUGUGGAGGACAGUUUGUGUGAUCUGGAGGAAAUGCCACCCACUGCUCAGGUCUGCGUUCUGGCCUGCCCCAACGAUUGUGUCGUGGCACCCUGGGGACCAUGGAACAACUGCCCUCUGCAAUGUGACCAAGGGGAAGAAAGAAAUAGGAGCAGACAUAUCCUCCGUCCACCUGCUUCUGCAAAGUCGGUCUGUCCAGAGCUGGUCCAGUCAGAACCCUGCAUCCUCAACAGCACCUGCUUCACCUACCAGUACAGAGUCUCAGACUGGAGUACAUGCCAGCUGAGUGAAAAUGCCAUCUGUGGUCAGGGUUCACAGUUGCGUCUCCUGGACUGUAUCCGCAGCGAUGGCAAGAUUGUGGACCUGCAGAAGUGCGAGCAGUUUGGUCUGAACAACAAGUGGAAGCUGUCGCAGAGCUGCGUGGUAGACUGUCCUGUCAGCUGUAUUCUCUCUGAUUGGUCACCGUGGGCUGAAUGUUCACAUACCUGUGGCAGCCAAGCCCAGUCUGUGCGCACUCGGAGAAUCCUGCAGGAGGCUCAUGAGGAGGGCCGGCCUUGUCCCAGUCACCUCACCCAGACCAAGCCAUGUCCCAUAAGGCCUUGCUACAUGUGGUUGUUCACUGAGUGGUCCUCCUGCACUGUGGAGGAUGCAGAGUGUGGUGAGGGGCUUCGGAGAAGGGACCUGUCAUGUGUCGUCCACUGGGGUGACUGGCCUGAGUCUCCUCCACAACCAGUAGAGGAUGAGCUUUGUGGAGACAAACUGAGACAGCAGAUUCAACAAGAGAUGGAGCAGCCCUGCUUCGUUCCUUGUCUAGGAGACUGCCAUUUGACUGAGUGGUCGUCUUGGAGCUCUUGCCAGCUGACCUGUCUGGAGGGGCGGAGCUUUGAGACCACUGGCCGCCAAUCCCGCUCCAGAGCCGUGAUCAUUCAAGUCAUGGAGAACCAGGGCAGCUGCCCACAACAAGCCUUUGAGACCCAGCCCUGUAAAGGAGGAAAAUGCCACACUUACCAGUGGAGGACAGGAGGAUGGAGCAACAAUGAGAGAGCAGUGUGGUGUCAGCGCUCAGAUGGUGUCAAUGUCACAGGGGGCUGUUUCCCACAGAAAAGGCCGACCACGGUGAGACACUGCCAUCCUCCAUGCACCAAACCCUUCUCACACUGCACACCGAGUGGAGUGUGUGGGUGUGAGAGGGGUUACACUGAAGUAAUGACCAUGCAUGGCUUCUUGGACUACUGCACCAGAACCCCAGGGGUGGACAACAAUAAGAAAGCUGAUGUGAAAACCAACUCUGGAAGAUUAAAGCCUGGGCCAUCUCAAGCCCAGGAUCUCUUCAGCGAGUGGACCUUACGACCUGUUGGCCCAGAUGGAAGAGUAAAGCUGUGGGUUUACGCCGUGACUGCCGUCGGAUUCAUCUUAAUACUCUUCAUAAUUGCAUUAUCAUUCCUGGUCUGUAAACCAUCCAAAACCACAAAGACGUCUCCUCCUCCACAGAAGCCCUUGACCCUGGCUUACGAUGGUGACAUGGAUAUGUGA